UACUGUUAUUAGUAAGCCAGAUGCUAAGUUGCAAGCUAGCCUGCUAAAGCUUAGAUAACAAAACUUUACGCGAACGUUAAACCUUCCAUAGUCGGUGUCUAAUACAAAACAUGGCUAUGCUGUUAAAGGCUGGUAAUGGAAAAUGUAGAAAUAAUCUAAGCCAGUCUUUAUGAACACAAACCACACGACAGAUGUCGCUGGUGGAUUUGGGGAAGCGGCUCCUGGAGGCUGCGCGGAAAGGAGAGGACGAUGAGGUCAGAACGCUGAUGGCCAAUGGAGCACCUUUCACCACAGACUGGCUGGGGACCUCUCCUCUGCACCUGGCUGCCCAGCAUGGCCACUACUCCACGGCAGAGGUGCUGCUCCGCGCAGGCGUCAGCAGGGACGCCCGAACCAAAGUGGACAGGACCCCUUUGCACAUGGCCGCCGCUGAGGGGCACGCCGUUAUCGUGGAGUUGCUCGUCAGGAGCGGCGCGGACAUCAACGCCAAAGACAUGCUGAAGAUGACCGCCCUGCACUGGUCGACGCAGAACUCCCAUCACAAGGUGGCCGAGAUGCUGCUGAAGCACGGCGCCGACGCGCACGCCCUCAGCAAGUUCGACAAGACUCCUUUUGACAUCGCAGUGGACAUCCAGGACGGUGACCUCAUACUGCUGUUGCAGGAGGCCAUGCAGAACCAGGUGAACAUCAACGCCGAGGCAGGCAUCACGGGCGGAGCGUCUGGGCCUCAGUUCAUUAUCCAGGGCAUCCCUGGGCUACAGGGAGGGGUGCUGAACCUGGCCGACCUCAUCAAGAGCAACACCGGUAGGGACUGUGUCUUUGAACUGGUAGAGCAAAGUGCUCCACACAACAUCAUCAGGUCGAUGAGCGACACUGAGGAGGCCAUCGCUGCCAGUGCCUUGGACUCCAGCAUUCAACAAAUGGUCGGUGAGGGAGGUCAAAGGGUCAUCACCAUAGUAACGGAUCAGCACGGCAACCUGCAGACAGCAGGCGGACUGUCACAGCCAUUCUUCGUGACCAUGCAGCACGGUCAGCAGAUGUUGGCGGUCCCAGCCAGUCACAUCACAGAGGAGGUCGUGGAGGAGGAGCCCCAGCCACCUCCGGCCCGGAAAAGAAAGAUAGAAAUCUCAACCAAUCACACGGAGGCUGACGACACGGAGUUGCUGACGCGGCAGCUCCAUGAGGCGAACUGUAAGGCGCAGGAGUACCGCACGCAGCUGAUGAGGAAGGAGCAGGAGGCGGAGCAGUAACGCAUCAAACUAGAAGCAUUAGCCACGGCCAGAGCAACGGCAACUCCA